AUGGCGUGGAGGCCGGCACUGCGAGCAGCAGCAGGAGGAGGAGCGACGACGGCGUCAUUUAAUUCGCCAUCGCCAAUUUCACUGCUCGGGCGGGGGGUGGCGGUGCAGCUCUGCCGCCUCACACUCUUCUGCCCACAGCGGUUCAAAUCGACAUCGACGACGGCGACUACGGGUGGCUGGUCCUACGAGCAGGUGGACACAAGGACGGGACGCACGCCCCUCGACACACUCUACGAAGAGCGUCUGCAGCGCAUUCGGGCGGUAUUCGAGUCGCCUUUGCCGCCGAUGCCAAGAGACGGAAACGUGAGUCCCGACUUUCUGGUCGGCUUUGCUCACUACGAGUACCGGCUGCGCGACCAGUACCGCGCGGUGCUCGCGAGGGCACUUGAUCUUCCUGUUGCAGCGGUGCGGCUCUCCGUUGCGUGGAGCGGUCGUUUUGAUGUCGCUCGUUUAACCGCGUUCAGAAAGGUGUGCGGUGUGUGCGUGGCGUCGGGGAACACACCACACAUGGCGGAGUUAAAGGAAAGAAUAAGGCGUGUUGUUCGCGCCAUCAAUGAACGGCAGUCGGAGUCUUUUUUGGCUUCCCACCUUGUGCAGGCGUCGGGGGCCAUAACAGAGGUCGAGUUUGCGGCCACCGAGCGCGACGCCAUUGUCGCCGAGCGUGUGCACCGAUGGCUCUGUGAACACAUCUUAAGGCCACACCUUGUGGUGGUAGUAUACGGAGCAAACAACGACGCGAGGGACGGCCCCAACAGCAAUGGGGUGCAAAAGAACGGGGAGUUUGCAAGGCAGCGUGCCUUCAUUGAGGAGAAGUGGCUGAAGGCAUUUUACCACCGUCGCGUGGUGCCCCAUGUGUUGUCCUUUUCGCGUCUUAAAGAACUUUUUCAGGAUGCGGUGAGGAGAGGGGAGGUGAAGGGCGUUGCGCUCCUGCAGCCGAAAGCCAAUCCAGACGAGGAGGCAAGAGAUGCAAAAAAAAGUCUGGAGGCGGAGGCGAAGAGUGGCCCCACGGCUUCUGCCACCGCAGCGCCCGCAGAAGAAAGCGGGACCCCCGUGAAGUUGUUGGCUUUGGAUGAUGAGGCGGCGUGGUACACUCUCCUUCGCAGUGCCGUGUUCCGCCGAUGUGACAAUCGCGUGGCUUUUCCGCUGCUCUUUAUCCACGGUGACUCCGUGGGCGGGGUGGAGGAGAUGCGGUACCUGCUGCACAACAGGGAGGCCCUUGACGCGGUGCUCCUGCAUCCAAACGAUGUGGCAUUCAAGAAGAAGUUCAUGAGCCGAUUCCGCUCCUCCCAUUCGCGUUUGCACAUGGCGGAGGAAAUGUCCGUGUAA